CGAAGGCCCUCCGCCAACAAGAGCAAAGUCAGAGCGAGAGAGAAAGAGGACAAGAGUCCUGCAGAAGAAACAACACACCAGGAUAACAUCAGGAACAAGCACAGGGAGGAAACCAGGAAUGAGAGGGUGGGGGUCAGAGGAAAGAAACAUGUAAAAGAAAGUUUGAGGGUAGAGCAGAUGCAAUAAAUAUCUCCUGGUGAUGAAAAGGACUGGACACUCAUGAGUCUCCUCAUGAGGCCACAGUAUGUUCCUAGAGACUAAAGGACCAGCCACACCAACCCGAUUUCAACUACGAAAUGGAUUACAUGCUCAGAGGGAUAUGGGUCAACAUCUGCCAAGACCUAAAGGUGAAUUGCUUGCCUAUUUUGGGAGUGGGGACCACGUAUGUAACACCUGUGGACCAAAGCAUGCAAAUUCCUCCUGCAGUGGAUGCAAGCACACUUCCAUGCAACAUCUAGCCAACCAGGGGGUUCCUGGAGGACUAGAUGUGGUUGGCCAGAGUGGUAAGACAGAGUUAACCAGAGUGCAGCAAUAUAACAGUGUCUCUGUGAACUCCAUCUCAAGAGAAUGCAGCCUUGUGGUCCACCAACAACAGACCGAGCCACACCUCUGCUUGAGGGAUUGUGAUCUGGACUUGUCAACACAGUUAAGGGGGCAUGGAAACUGUGGAGUGCCUGUUUGUGUGGAGGGGCAACAAUCAGGCUCUGUGAGAGGGGCCCUUCUUAAGAAGCGGCAUGCUUCAGUCUGGAUGGAAUCCUAUGAAGACUGCAUUGCCGCUGAUAGUUCAACCUUUAAUUAUGGACAUUGCACUCCUAAUGGACAGGAAACUUUAAGUAGAUCGUUGGGACAUAGGUCGCAAGACUUGAUCGGACCCAGUCUGACACGUGAAGUUAUGCUUUCUAACAAAGAUGCCAACAAACUCAAUAUUAACCACCAAACGAAAGUUGCCCAAGGGGAUCUCAAUGGACCAGGAAGUGGGACUUUGAGUACUAACAAGACCCAAAGAGCAAUUCAGGACCAGCUUCAGAGAGUAGUGGUGAAUCUUGAGGAGGUUCUACAUGACCUGAAAGAGAUACAUCUGGAAAUGAAGGAGGUGGUCAAGCAGAUAGACGUGUUGACCGCCGACAUUGAAAUGGGCGAAGAUGUACCAGGGGACUCUUUAUGGAGAUGCCACUCAAGUAGGGUAGAUACGAGCGAAGGUGAAUUGGAGUCAUCGAGACAUGGAAUUAACAGGAAGGUGUUCUCUCAUGGGGUCCACUCUGACAAGCCACCAAAGGGUAGUGUAAAGCGAAGUUUAGAGGGGAAAAAGGAACUUUGUUCAUCAACCAAAGCCCAUCCUUCAUGCACAAGCACCCUACCUGUAGCCCCACCAGCGUACCCCAUUAAAGAUCAAUGGCUUUAUGAUGCAAAACAAAGACUGAAAUCACCUCAGGAGAUGGCCGCUUCCCAAAGACAUGAAUCAGGGACUGCGACAGGACACAGAGGCAGGAAACCACCUCCUUACUCCUAUGCCAGCACUGUCGGAAGAGUGAAUCCUAAAGCAAAAGACAAAAGUCAGAAAACGCCACCUUACCCUUUUAGACGGAGACUGCUCUCGACUAUUGUUUGAGCGGACAGUGGCUUAAGAGCACAGAGUGGAACUUUAAGCACCAUCUUUGAAAGAAGGCCAUAAUAUGGUGUGACAAGCACCUUUAUGCUGUUCAUCCAAAGAGAGAUGCAGGUUGUUCUGGACCCUAUCCCAGCUGUCUCGGGCCGAAGGCAGGGAAACACCCGAGACGUGGCCAGUCCAUCAAAGGGCUAACGUUUAUGAAAUAUUUUGGCUAUUUGUACAAUGCUUUCAGCUACCAAUAAAAAGUGUUAUGCUUGUAUGAAUACAAAAAAAAGGUCAUUUGAUUUCAACAUAAUUUUUUCAUUAUUUCAAAUGUGAAGAAGGAUAGAAACCAUUGUUCUGACAACAGAUUUAUUAAAAUCUCAGUACAUCAGUUAUUCGGAUAAAGUACAAUUGGACAAAGAAAAUCCAGUAAAUGUCUGACUUUUCCUCCGCCACAGAAAUGAUCGGAAAGGAUUCUGACAUACCCCAAAGAUUUUGUUGGAAUUCUCUACGAGUGUGCAAAAACACCUGCAUAAGACCAGAAACAACAUCCCUCUGUCCACCCACGUCUGUCUGGGACUGAGAGAGAGAGAGGGAUGAGUGACACCAGACACUAAUUACGAAGCUGCGAGGUGUGGGCUGAAUAACAAAGAGAUCCCGUCUGAGAAAGCGCAAAGAGAGACAUGAGUCUAUGGAGUGCUUGUUUCAAACAGGCUUUUGAACUUUUGCUAUUUGCACAGGGGACAAGGCCACCAGGAUACAGUGUCAGCUCACUACUGAGAAUUUCAAUUUCAGCUGAAGAUAAAGAUGUUUUCGUGAAGACUUGAUUUGCAACACCUGUACAAAAAGGGCUGUCUGCUUUUGAUCUGAGAGUUGACAAGCUGUAGGAGUCUGAAUUAAUGUUCAAUGUCAAAGGCAAAUGUCAAAGUCUCAUUUGGAGAAAAAUCUUGAACAUGCUCGUCAAAAAUCUGAGCCGAUUCUUUUUAUGUGCAAAA